AUGUCUGACUGGGCGCAGUCCCAGCCACCCCCUCCUGGAUAUUCUUCGGGAUCGGGAUACCCAGCACACCUCAGUUAUCCAGGUCAACCGCCUCCACCAGGGACAGUCCUCACCGUUGAAGUAGUUGGAAACGCGGCCGAUGGUCCAUCGAAUGAGAAAAGUGCAACAGAGGAAUCUCCACAUCCACAUGCGCCCCCUGCCUACGGCGCUCCAGGUUCCCUCGAUUACCCUGGUACACCGGGCAACCCUCUCCCUGUUAUAACCUACGCGCAAGGUAGCACAGCCCCUCCACACCAUCCCGGUGGGCUAUGGUAUCUAGGGACCAGGCUCCUCGAUCCCACCACUCCAGCACCACUCGGAACGAUCAAGGUACCAGGGUACGACCCUGAGCCUGAUUUCGAACUUUUGCAGGCUGCGAGGGGGCAAGCAAAAGUAGAUUUAUACGACCAAUACAAGAGGCAGGACGAGAAUACUGAAAUUGGUGUUUCGACAGUGGUUGUCCCGAUUGUCAAGUUGACGCUUCAGCAACGGGACGCGCUGAACGAUUAUUUCGUGGCGAAAACUGGAGCGGAUAUCCCGACACAUAUGGACCGAGUUGUGCAGACCUUGGCGAUGAGGGACGAAAUGAUCUUGGCGGAGGUUAUCCUCAAUCGCGACCACGACGACCUUCGCCUCCUCACUCAAGCCUUCAAGCAACAGCAUAACAAAGACCUUAUCGAAGCUGUCAAGGAUUCGCUAUCUAACAAGAUCCAGCGAGUCUUUGUCAUGGCUCUCAACUGCCAGCGCACACCCGAUAACGUUCCAGUCGACCAAACCCAAGUAUUAGCCGAUGUCGAAACACUUGCAAACGCGUGCAAGAAGCGGCAAGACCUACCCUUCUUCGAGAUCUUCAUUAACCGGAGUCGACCUCACCUUACUGCUGUGAUCACGGCCUAUGACCAAAGUCAACCCAAGACUCUGAGUAAAGCCGUCAAGAGGGCUUGCUCGGGCGAUGCCAAAAACGCUCUCCUUUACAUCCUGCACGGUCUCAAGCCCAAACGUGGCGUCGAACAAGCGAGCAUCUGGCGCGACGCGAAGCUGAUUGAGAAGACGAUGGCAGGACUUGGAACAAACGAAUCCCGCCUUGUCUAUCGAAUCAUCAGGGCACAUUGGGAUCCGAGCCGGAUGGCUGCAAUCAAGGAGGUGUAUGAGACAAAGUACGGGAGGACGAUUGAACAUCGAAUUUCGAAGGAAACGUUGCCGGACCAUUAUUCCAAAACAUUGUAUGAGAUUCUCAAACUCUCCGAGUUGGACAGGAAGGAGAAGGUGUAG